AUGCCGAAGACUCCAGCGAAGCGCACCCCCGCGAAGGGCCGCCACCUCGACACCAGCCCGGCCGUGACGCGCUCCCGCGCCCUCCGCAGCGCCUCCGCCUCAUCCACCGGCUCGCGGGCCUCGGUCAGCACCGCGCGUUCGCGGCAGAGCACGCAGCUUCGCACGGCUCGCGGCCGCGACACGAGCAGCGAUGGGUCGUCGUCGGCGUCGCGGUCGAGGACGCAGCGCAAGACGAAGAAGACGCGCGGCGGCCGUGCCACGCGCAGCCCGUCGGUGUCGGACCGCUCGACGAGGUCGGAUCGGUCGGGCCGGUCGACCCGCUCGGAUCGCUCGGCCCGUUCGGAUCGCUCGACCCGUUCUGAUCGCUCGGACCGCUCGCGCACCCGCGGCAGCGCCAAGGCCACCACCAAGAAGGCGACCCCGAAGCGCGCGGCGCCGAAGCGCAAGGCUGCCACCAAGACGACCGCCGCCGCGCCGAAGCGUACCCGUCGCGGC